AUGGGGGUGCGGGAGGGCGCCGAGCUCGUCUACAAGGACCUCGGCCCGCAAGUAGACUACCGCACCGUCUUCGUCGUGGAGUACGCGGGGCCGCUGGCCUUUAUGCUCUUCUACGCCAUGCGGCCGUCGUUUAUCUACGGAAGCAAGAUGCGGUUCGUCCCUUACGGGUACGCACAAAAGAUGUACGUCUCGCUCUUCGUCGCGCACUUCGUGAAGCGGGAGCUGGAGAGCGUUUUUGUGCAUAAGUUCAGCCAUUCGACGAUGCCGCUGCGCAAUAUUUUUAAGAACUCGAUUUAUUAUUGGUCGUUCGCGGCCUUCAUUGGGUAUGUGUUGUGCAACCCGAAGUACACCGCACCGAGCAAUACGCAGGUGAACCUGAGUGCGCUUAUGAUGGUGGUCUUUGAGCUGCUGAACCUCGCGGUGCAUCUUCAGCUGAGCAAGAUGCGGAAGAGCGAUGGGGACCAGACGAGGGAUGUGCCGAAAGGGCCGCUUUUUGCGCUGGUUUCCUGCCCAAAUUACUUCUUUGAAGUGAUGUCAUGGGUUUCUUUUUCGGUCGGAACGAAUAUCCUCUCGUCAUGGUUCUUUACCGCCGCCGGCCUGCUCCAGAUGGCGCCGUGGGCGCUCAAAAAGCACAGCGGAUACGUCAAGACGGAUCUGAAGAACAAGAAGAAGAAGGCUAUUAUCCCCUUUAUUCUCUAA